GCUCGGUCCUUGCUCCUCGGCCGUCUUCUUCAGGAUUUCAGAGUCAAUAAAGAAAGAAAGAAAGAAAUGUCGCCUGUAGGCGGAGUUGAAGUGAGCCCCGGAACUGUGGCCGUGUACUACGGCGGCGGGAAACUGAGAGCCACGGAGAGGAGGCUGCAGGUGGCAGAGUUCGCCCUGAGGUGCGCGAUCACUGUCUUUGGGGUUCUCACUGCCGCCCUGACUGGGUCCAACUCCCAGACCAGGGAGUUCUUCUCGCUGCAGAGGAAGGCCAGGUUCACUGAUAUGAAGGCUCUAGUGUUCUUGGUGGUGACGACUGGAGUUGUUGCAGGGUUUAGCCUGAUCCAUCUCAUCAGGUGUGUGUUGAGCAUGGCCAAGGGGAGUGUGCUCCUGAACAUGCCCCUUGCUUGGGCCAUCUUCUCUGUCGAUCAGGCAAUGGCAUAUCUGACCUUGGCUGCGGUUUCGGCAACAAUGCAAGCGUCGAUGCUUGGGAAAUUCGGCCAGCCGGAGCUGCAGUGGAUGAAGAUCUGCGAUCUUUAUACGAAGUUCUGCAAGCGAGGAGAGGUAGGCCUUGUUUGUGCUGUCCUGGUCUGCAUCUGUAUGGUCACUGUCUCCUCCAUGUCGGCCUUCAACCUCUUUCGCUUGUAUGGCAAAUUGAAAGGCAGCAAGAGCAACGAUAGUACUACUAGUUGGUAAGAGAUGCAAGCAUUGCUCUCAAUCCUUCAACUUCAUGGCUAGCAAACAUAGUGUAGUUGUUCUACUUUGAGACUUGUAAAAUUGUAAUAAAUGUGGAGACCUUGGUGUGUUGAUGGCAUCUUCAAUGCUAGCGUUAGCAACUCAUAUCCUGCUCAGUGUUAUUUAAUUCAUUGGGAAGGUUUAUUGUCAAAUUAAAA